AUGGACAAUGCCGGCGAAAUAGUAGUUCGCCAAGUUCAUGCUGGCGACGGCGACGGCGCCGACAUCGUCUUCGAGUUCAACGGUCAGCGAAUGGACGUUUCGAUUUUCCCUUCUCUCUCAAGACCUGGUCAGGUGCAACAAUCCCUCGAGGAUCGCCUCAUCGAUCUCUUGGCCCGCGCCACGUCACCCGACACCGACGAUGACGAAUACGAAGACAUCGUCGAUGAAGUGCUUGAGACAAUACUUGAUGCAGGGUCACAUAUCUUCAGCGAAGCCGCACCUACGCCCUCGACUGAUGGUAUCGAUUUACACUCUCUUGUCUUCCCGCCAACUCACGUGUUCCGAUUAGAAACAGUGGAUGACAACGCUACCAUUGUGCGAAUCGAUCCCGAAGAAGAAUACACGUCAUCCUUCCUUGACCGCGACGGGCUCUUUUGA